CGCUGCGUGCAAAAGACGUGCACCCAUUUGGCGUGUCCCAUCAUCAUCCACCGUUGUCGCCAGAAAUCCGGGCAAAACCACGCGAGGAACCCGCUCAUCUCUGCGCACCCAGGCACUCCCCUGCCUGGCGGGCACCAUCAGAUCUUGUCGAUCUCCGCAUCGUCGAGGCAUGAGGGCUUCCACUGCUCUCUCCGACCGCAGCCCUCGCCCGCCGUACACAGUCGCUAGUCGACAUCUUCUCGUAGCCUCGCUGCUCUCUUGACACUUGCCCGAACAUGGACGCCAGCCGCCGACCGCAGCUGCCUGCCCUGAGCUACCUCGAAGGCGACAAAGUUAAGCGCGAAGACGACGCCUACCAGCAACGCAGCAAUGGCACGCCCCAAAGUUUGUCUGCCAGCGCUGGUGCCAGUCCCACCUAUCACUACCCUCCAGGCCCUCCGCCCCCGUACAGUCACGCCAAUGCUGCUCCGCCGACAAACACCUGGCCACAGUCCGUCCAAACACCGCCAGAGUCGCGCAGGACGAGCGAAAAUGAGAAGGAAAGCAUCAAACCACGGCAAUCGCUGCCGUCCAUCUCAGAAGCGCUGGGGAACGUAGAUAACCCUUCAUCGUUCGCUUCGACACCCGCUCCGCCUGCACCACUGCAGUCGUCGCAUCUUGUGCAGUCGCACGCUCCCACACCACAGUCGCCAUCUUCACGGAGGUCGUAUCCUAUGGAGCCUCCCCAGGCUCUAUCGUCGGCCACAUUUCCGAGUUCCAAUAACUACCAGUCACAACAUCGACCAGAGCCGCCCCGCCAGUCCUCGUAUCCUCCGGCAGAACCAGGCCGGCCAGCAUCUACGAUUUACACCUCCACUGCAGAGUCCAAGCCCAUCUAUCUGCAGAACUCGCACGAACCGACCCGGCAACCUUCCCAGCCAGCGACCCUAUCUCGUGCAGAAGAGAGGUCGCCUACUCAUGAGCCGUCGUAUCCCGCACGCUCAAGCAACUCGAUGGGCCCUCCCUCCAGUUUUCCUUACGGCUAUGCUCCGUAUCCACCCCGCUAUGCUGAGUCUGGGGCAUCCACGAGCAAUUCAUCCGGGCCUAUCUACCAACCCUCGACCACCUAUGGACCACCGAGGCCUCUCCAGAGCGGACUGAAGACUGGAAGCUCCCGCUUCGAAGAUCGUGGGCUGGCGCAUCAUAGCAAUACUGUAAAGCGACAUCUGGACUUUUUCGAUCUGGAGGCAUCUCUUAACGAGAUUGCUUCCACGAGCGGUAUAUUGAGCGAUUUCUCUCGUCGAUAUGGGGAUCGCAUGCAUCACACUCAGCGAUCAGGCGCUUCACUCAAUACCCUUCCCGGGCUUGUGGAAGUCGAUGAUAUGAUCAACAAGUCGAGGGUAGCACACGAUUGUUUGAUCAAGAUUCGUGACGUGGUUCUACAGCAACAAGCUCUGUUUGAGCAGCAAGCGGCAGAUCAGAGGCAACAGCACAAGCUGUACGACCAGCGCCAAUCAUCUGCGCCGGAUGGCCAGCACCAUGAUGGCGAAGACAGCAAAGGCGGUGGCUUCGCUGGUGUCGACACCAAGAAGCGUCGUGGGAGAGCUGCACCGCCUGGCCGUUGUCAUAGCUGCAAUCGAGCCGAGACUCCCGAGUGGCGACGAGGACCGGAUGGCGCGCGAACACUCUGCAAUGCUUGUGGCCUCCACUAUGCCAAACUGACUCGGAAAAACAAUGGAACGAACAAAAACACGAGCAUCGGCAGUUCGAAUUUGCGACCGAAAGAAAAUAUGCCUUGAGAGGCCUCGGCAGGGCUCUGUUUCCUACCGACCUGCCACACGUCACCAGUAAUAGCUGGCUCAUUUUUGACGCACGUGGAACAGUUGUACUCUGCUACUGCUUGUGCUUAACAUUUAGCGAUACCCGACUUCGGCAUUUUUUCCCUCGCGAGGGCAUAGUUCCGGAGUUUAUGAGAAAAUUCUUUGCGAUGUGGGAAAAGAGUUGUGCAGCGUUAUGAGACGCUAUGAAAGCCUGCUUGGCCAGGCGUAAGAUGGAUGAUUUUGCCGCAACGAGUUGCACGAAGUCCCUCUCGAAUCUGGCAGAGCGCCAUGAAGAUCGAGGGGAUGUUUUAUUGGGGGAACCGGCGUUGACUUUGGUUUCCACGGCCGUUCAUCCACGAGGAGCUUAUCAGAGCUCGGGACUCUGCAUGGGACGGCGUUGGCACGCACGGCGUGAGGCGGCACAAAUUGUAUGUCUCGUCAUCGGAGUGGAGAUUGUGGCCUGUAUCCAUGGCAGCUAGGGAAGGUGUACAUAGAUGGAUAGGCGAGCUUCGCCACCACGAAACAAUCCCGCAAUUCUUCACCAACCGUGCCGUGGUGCGCCUUGAGCGAGAUGUCUAUAUGAAACAUUGUGGUUCGAUCGUGGAAGGUGCGCCGCAC